AUGCUCAAGAGAGAUCAGAAACCGCAGCUGGAUAACCUCUUCUCCCCCUCUCCCUCAUUAACAGUCCAAAAAGUGCUCAACCAUCCGCCAGCGGCAUCCGAACCACCACCCCGAAUCCCACCAGACCACCUCAACCCACUCCCUGUAGGAGCGAAGCUCUCAGAGCGGCUGGCAGCGUUCCGUAAUGCCCCUGGGAUCGGCUGGGAGCAGUCGGACUUCAUCCGUUGGAACCUAGAGGUGCUGACAUGCGCCGACUUCGGGAAGAACCAGAAUAAAGACUUAUUAACAAAGAGCAGUCUCGUAUGGGCAACUUUGAACUGGGGCGGGAGGGGCCUGACGGGCGAAGCAAGGGGGAUCGUCUUCACUGCUGGCAACGCUGAUACGCUGUCGCGGGUCGUGCUGACUCUUAAGUACCUGAGGCAGAAGCUGGCUUGCGAGCUCCCUGCUGCGAUAUACCAUUUCCCGUCCGAGAAGCCGCCGGAGGACUCGCCCCUCGUCGCCGAGCUGGAAGGGUUGAAUGCCAAGCUCGUCGAGGCGGUCGGUACGACACGCGACAGAUCACGCACAAAGAACUACCACCUCAAGGCCAUGGCUAUCGUCGAGUCUGAAUGGGCAGAAGUGAUCUACCUGGACAGCGACAACAUCCCUGCUGCUGACCCUGCCAUCCUCUUCGAUGCGCCUAACUACCAGCGGCUGGGUGCGAUGUUCUGGCCCGACUACUGGAAGACGACGCCUGUGAACCCGAUAUGGCAGAUCAUAGGCGUGCAGUGCCGUGACGAGUGGGAACAAGAAGCCGGCCAGAUCAUAAUCGACAAGCGUAGACAUCUGGAUGCCUUGCUCCUGUCGCUGUAUAUCCUCCUGGACUGGAAGUUCUGGUACUACUUUUCGGAUGGCGACAAGGACGUAUUCAGGUUCGCAUUCCUUGCGUUGAGGAAGCGGUGGGCUCUUCCUGGCCGAUGGGUGGGCGGCGGGGCGCUCCCGUCCAACUCCGCCACGGGGUUCUGUGCGCAUACGAUGGAGCAGUAUGACCAUACUGGCGAACCGAUGUUCGUGCACUACAACUUGUUGAAACAGAUCCCGAGUGGGGUGUACCAGACCUUUACAUGGGGCCGAACGAAGCAGGUCAAAGGUUACCCCGAGCCGAUGGUCAAACCCGGCCCGUACGUGCAGCACCCGGAGCUUGCCCUCCAGCGAUCGACAUACAUCGACCCCACCAUCCGAGGGCCAGACGACGUCGAAGCGGACAUGCUAGCAAACUGCGACGACUCUGGGUACUGUAUCCAGCCCGGAGACGCCGAGGUGCGCCGCCGUGCCGUGCUAGAGAAAGGCAUUAGGGUGUUCUUCCAUGGCGGCCAGUGGAGUGCGCUGUGUAUCGAUUUCGACUGGUCUGACCCGCACCCGGAGAGGGAAUGGACACCGGACGGAUCGAACGAACUGGGUAUUGAUUGGAAGGGGAACCCGCUGGAAGUCGUGUAUUGGCAAGAUGAUGCUCGACUUGGACAUUUCGAGAGCGACGUCUAUGCAAUGGGGUUCGUUCCUGGUGCACCUGGCUUUUGAGGAACGGAUACCUGGAUUGGCUCAUACUCAUACACGGACAGCACUCCGUCUCCGGCUUCUCAGUCAGAAGGUCCACGCUCCG